AUGGAUACGCAUUCCACAAAUACUGAAGGAGCAACACCGGCUUUUGAACAAGAUCUGGCAAUAAACACCGUUAACACAUACAAUUCAUUGAGUUCCUCGCAUACCCAGACCUUAUCUGGCGAGCCUGAGGAAAAUCAACAAUGCUCUCCUUCGAAUGCCGCCUACUUAGAUGAAAACGAAAUGCUUGCGUCGAACUCAUCGAGUAAAGUUCAGCAAGAGAAUGAUACGGACUUAGCAGCUCUGCGAAGUUCUGAAACUCAUGCUGACAGACGCCGACAACGUCUAGCGGCGCAUGCCAAACGAGCAGCAUCUGAAAGAGCCAGUGAGACUGAUCACGAGCGCAGGUUACGACUUGCAGCUCUAGCUAAGAGGGCUAGGCUCAAAAGAUCAGUUGAAUCUGAAGAGGAGAAGUCAGUCCGUCUCGCGAAAGAUGCGGAAAAGGCGAGAGCAGGACGAUCGGCUGUGCUAAAAGAACGAACUAGAAUUACCAAGAGCGAUAAGAUCGAGCAGAAUUCUCAAGAAAGUUCAGUACAGCACGACCGUGGAGAAGGCUAUGUACAUAGUCAAUUUCCAAGUACAUCUCGUGCUUAUGGAUCGGAAGCUUUGGACAGCCAACAGUUACCACUCUCGCACUACUCUGAAGCCACCACUGCGGUUGCUUCCAUUGAUACUCAACUAAUGUCUGACCCAAAUGGACAGAAUAGAGAAAAUUCAAACGAUGAAAAACCUCGCAUAUCCGAGGUUCUGAUUUCCGGUACACAAGAAUACCAUGGGGAAUCAGAGCAGCUCACCGCUUCAGACUUACUUAGCAAUACUGACCAAUCAGGUUGUCGACUUGAAGAGACUGAUCAUGAACACCAAUCACGUCUUGCGAUUGAUGCGAGACGAAUGGCGUCUAGGAGAUCCAAUGAAACUGAAGAUGAACGGAAACAUCGCCUCGCCUCAUUGGUGGAAAGGGCUAGAUUGAAAAGAUUACUGGAAAAUGAACAGGAAAGGUCAAAGCGCCUUGCGAAUGAUGCAAAAAGGGCGAGAACAAGAAGAAUGGUUGAAGUGGAGAGACGAUCAGAUGCAAGUUCAGUGGCCAGAAUGAUUCAAGAUCCGCUCGAAUCUGAUCAAAUGCUAAACAACCAUGAAGUUCUCUCGCAUCACAACGAGAACGAGGAGUUGAGAGAAGAAGCGGUUGCUCAGAUGAGUUCAGUUGGAAAUGUGCAUUUGCAGCGAAGAACACCGUCUAAUCUUGUAACAUUAAGGCAGAUGGGGAAGCUAGGCUGUGGAAAGAAAAUGUUCUACAACGAACAUUACGCGGUGAUAUAUCUUAGUGGAUAUAGUGAGAAACACACACAACACGCAGAAGCAAUAGAAGAAGGUGAAGACGAAGCGGUGAGAGGGGAAAUGUGA